AUGUAUUUCUCAAUUCCGGAUACGACAGAAGUUUCUGCAAAACGAAGUAGUAAUCAACAAGCGCAUACAUUAUUCAAUAUUCAUAUAAAUGGUAUCCAUCAUUGUAGUUUGCGUUAUUCUCAAUUGCAUGCAUUUCAUGACGAACUGCAACGAUCAUUUCCAGUUUCGAUGAUUCACAUACAACCAUUUCCACCGAAAAAAAUCUUUAGUUUAUCAUUGCGUGAAACCGAUGAACGACGCUUACUACUCGAGCGUUAUUUACAAUCAGUAGUACAACAUAAAUCUCUCAUAGCUUCUUCUUAUGUUAAUGAUUUCUUUUUCAAUGCUCAACGUGAAACAUUUCUGAAUGAAUCCAUCAAUAAAACAUUCCCUGAAAAAAUUAAUUUUACAAUUCAUCUAUUAAAUCAACAUAAAAUAACUAUUGAAAAUCUUUCAGCCAAUGACAAUACAUCAAAAUUACUUGAUGCAUGUGCAAAUAAAAUGCAAUUAGACAAUGAAUAUUUAACUUAUUUUUCAUUAUUUUUUUAUGAACUAAAAAAUAAUCAAUUGAGUAUUAUUCGACCAUUGUUUUCUUUUGAAUCUCCAUAUCUAUCAUUAGAAAAAGCAUUAAAAACCAAUGGAAAUUAUUGUCUUGUAUUUAAAAGAACUUAUUGGGAUUUAAGUCAAGAUUUGAAAUUAAUCGAUAAUCGUCGUACACGUAAUCUAUUAUUUAUUCAAUCACAAUAUGAUAUUGAACAAAGUCAAGAUUUAUAUCCAAGUGGUAUCUAUCAACAAUUAAAAAUUCUAUUCGAUAAUAAUUCAUUGAAAGAAUACAUUUUAUUAGCACGCACAUCGAAAUUCUAUGGUUAUAUCAUACUUAAAGAAUGUUCAAUCAAUGAUCUAACAACAAAUAAACUUUCACAAUGUAUAUUAGCUAUUGGCAAUAAUGAAUUAGUUUCGCAUUUGUAUCGUGAUGAUAAGAAAAAAGCGAAUUCAUUUGCGAAAGAAUUUUCUUUUAAAGUUACACGCAUUCGAUGUUGGAAAGUGAAUUGGACAAAGCAAAAUGUGAAUAUAUCUUUUGAAUAUUUAGUUAAGAAAGAUACUUUAGAAUGGAUUACGAUCCAUACUGAACAAGCUGCUUUGGUUAGUAUUUGCUUACAAAGUAUGGUCGAUGAAAUCUUAGCGAAAACAACAGGUCCAACGAGUCCCGUACAAGUGUCCGACUCACCAAAGACUCAACCUAAUAUUACAAAUGGUCUUCCUACACGCUCAAAAUCAGAUUUAGAUCGAUUAAAUAAUAAUGAUUUAUUCGAUAAAGGUGAUGGUGACGAUGAUUUAUAG